GAUCUGCUAAGGAAUCAAAAGCCGUGUAUUGUAGCGUUCGAUUUGUUUUCAAAACCCCGGGCUCAGUGUCGGGACCCCGAAACUCGAUAAGACGUCUUUUGUGAAGACGUUAGCAGCGAAGGUGUGGUAAACAUAACUCUUCAUCCUGGAAGAAAGACGGCAACAACCGAACGUGUUGGUACAUCUUACAGUACAUCUGCUUUUGGGAGGUUUACAGAAAAACAGCGGGCGUGCCAUAAACAAGCCGGGUGGUACAGUGCAGAAGAUAUUACUUGUACCAGGGCGGCAUGGUUCGACUGGUGAACACCGUGUUUGGUGACUAUUGUACACGCGUAGCAACACCACCUGACAGGGCUAAGCGUGAGCUCCAGGAGGCGCGGGAGAAGCUGCCGUACCUUACCCAGGUAACCCUGCGGCAGACGGCAGCAGGAGGGCGGCCCACCAUGCCGGUCAAACCUCCCACUGCUGCCCCAGAGAAGUCGUACAACAUCCACCUCCUGCCGCACACUGAUGUCACGUAUGCUGGGCACGGAAAGUCGUACCCAAACCACAAGCAUUUCGACUGGAGUAGGAUUUUCCUGAAGCGCAGCUGGAAGGACCAGCCGCGCACAGCCCCUUCUCUGUACGAGCAGCCCAUAGACAUCCCACGCACACGGGCACAGACUGACGGCAUUCCUAGGCAGAGACUACCGCCGGACAGCCUCAACGCGAGGAAACUCAAGAAAUUCAGCGAUCACAACCUGAGAUUACAACAGAAUGCAGACGGCCUACAGUUACGCCUUCCUGAACUCCGUCCCGCGCCGAGGAUCACGGGAAGGGGCACGGUUUACAAGCCACAGAAUCCACUUGUGCAUUCAGAGAUCACGCGGUCGUCCGUGACGCUACCUGACGUUGGGAAGGUGACGGAGACCCGCUGGGUGAACAUGGUACCCAUCAGCGGCCCGGCCAGGGGACCGUGGUCCUUCUACACCACAGAACGAUGACUGACGGGAAGUUUCUGCAAACUCAGAACAACAGACCACAAGGCAACUAUUCACCAAACAGCUGUUGCACGGAAGAUCGUAACUUUUCUGACUGCCGGGCGGUUUUGACAGCUACUCAGAAAACGUUAUGAUCUGACACCCAACAUCUAUUUGGAGUUUCCAGGGCAAUUAUUAAGACUACAGCUACAUACGAACUAAUUAGGAUUUAAGUUAAUCAGACUUUGUUUAAUCUGAAUUUGUUUAAUCUUAUGUAUUUUUUUUGUGGUACUGUAAUAUGUCCUUGUCUACCUAAGUCCUAAGAAAAAAGACUACAGCUGGUGACAGACGUUAGCUAUUGAAAAGCUAUAUAGUCUGAAAUACACAUGACAAAACAAAAUCACAUUCACUGAGUCACAACGGACAGUGAAAUGUACUUUACACAGCAAGCCAUAUACAAGUCUUAGCUAGGGUCGUUUGACUUUAUAUCAAGAACAGAGCAAUUUUAGCUACAACGUCGAAUUUCUCAGUAGCUAGGGGUAGAAAUUACUCACGCUAGUCCAGAGAUGUUUUGGUAAACCAACGUUACAUAGUAGCUCGUGGCAAAGAACAUGGAUGUUAGCCAUUAAGCUGCUAAUAGAAAUUCAAAGGUUAUGUUAUAGCAUUUAUGAUAAGGUAGAUAUACUUCUUGUUGUAGAUUUAUUAAAUUUCAAACCGAUCGGGAAAUGAUUUAAUUUUCAGUAUGUGAUAGAAGUCUUGAGAUUGAGAUCAGUGACGGAAAGUUGCCACAUGCUGCUCAAUGUUGUUCUGACUGCCAUGAAGUACAAUUCGAUUGAAAAGUCGUGAUUUAACGUAAUGUACACUGCUAUUAAGGCCAAAUAGUGUUAAUGAUAUUGCUGCUAAUAGGUGCACAGAAAUAUAAGGUGAGAUUUGUCACAUUGAACUUUAAAAAAAUAUUGUAAUUCGAUAAUCUUAAUCACACGCUAUAGAUAUGUUCAAUGCAAUUUCUUUUCAUAUAAGGUAAUAAAUCACAACAUGCUGCUACUACUCAGGGAGUAUAAGUAGUUUCGUAGCCUGUAUGUGUCAACAAAAAUAUGUUUUCCGAUUUUUUUAUAGAAAACUUGCAUUCUUGUUGAUUUUGCUUUUUCCUCUGUUUAGAAGUAGACUGAAAUCACAAUUUGCUGGGAAAAACUGUACAAGUUAUGAACACACAACAAUGAAAAGAAUAAAGUGACGGAAAGUUUAA